AUGCCUGCCUCAGAUGGACUCCAACCUAUUCUGACCCCGGGGGAGAAGGCAGUCGUGAAAGACUAUGGCGGCUGGACCAACUUCAGCCUGUCGUACGGUCUCAAGCCCUGGGAAUCGGCCGACAAUGCCGAAGCGCACCAAAUCGCAAAGGGUAUGGCCAGUAAUGACCAGGCGGACGCCAAGGCCAAAGGGACCAGCAAGUGA